AUGUCGGUAUGGCUUCCCUUGCAAAUCCCCGACCCCAUCUUCCUCGCAGAGCCUCGUCUACUGUCUGAUCUGCCUUCUCUGCUCGUCCCGCUCGUCUCAGGCCUUCACCUACAUCCUGGUCUGCCGCCCCUAUUAGUUCCCAGGCCUCACCUACAGCCCGACCCUUCACCCCGACUCCUCUUCAAUCAAUUAAUCCUUCCCGACCGACCUAGCCCUGGUCCCGACCACGGUAGAAGAUCAGCCAACGUCACCUAUGCCAGCCCUACCUUCAGAGAAGCUUCUCAGGCAGCUCAUCAGGCUCAUUCUGUAAAUGACCGCUCGAGUCGUGACGCCCCUUCUUUUUCUCUGUGCAGGGUUUGGCUACCUUCCGAAGAUUCUGACUCGGAUGACCAGCCUUUGUCUCGGAGACUUCGCCGCAGGGCCCCCCAUCCUAGCCAAGACUCAAGCCCUUCCGCUGUUCCUCCUCUUUUGCCUCCUGUUGCAACCACUACUCCUAUCCCGAGCCAGGCAGAUUCUCCUCCUGCUCCACCCGAAGUUCCGGCUGAGCCUCCGCUAACUCAACCUUCCACCUCGCAACAGCAUCAGCGCACCGAAGCUGGCCCAUCACAUCACCCUUCAUCAACUACCUCACCUCUAGAGCCUCCUCAUAUGCCCCCUUCAGCUCCUUCUGGGUCAGCUGCUGGGCCUUCACAGCCACCACCACCUGUUCAUCACCAUUAUCGUACCACUACCCCUUCUGAGGUGGAGUUAAGGUCACGGCAGGAUGUUCCCACCAGCUCCUUCACAAUGAAAGGUCGUUUGAUCACUUUAUGGGAGGAAAGUAUGCAGCAGAUGGAACUCUUGUCGUCGCCUGCCCAAAUGGAUAAGUUCUCAGAGCUGUAUAUCAAGGCCUGUGCAGAGUCUCUGAUAAUAAAUCAAUCCUUCCAUGCUGUUCAUUACCAAAAUAAGGUGCUGCGGGACAUGGUAAUAGAAUUGGAGCUUCAAUUAAAUGACCCUGCGCAGGCUAGUCAUGCCCUGAGAGCCGAAAUAAAGGAUCUGACCAAAAGGAAGACCCAUCUGGAAGUAUCCUUGGCGCGGGCUAACCACAAGCUUAAAGGCCUUCAAGAAGAAAAAAUUCAGGUUGAUGUCGUGCACCAGCAACACGUGGAUCAACAAGCUUUGGUGCAUCAACGAGCCAUAGACCAGUUGACCCAGAACCUACGUACCGCCGAAACCCUAGCACAGGAGCAAAGCAAAAGAUUGGAAUCCCAAACGACCCAACUGGCAUCUCAGGCCGCAGAACUUCUGGCCGUCCAGACUGAACUGGCUCAGGCCCGGGCUACUGCAGAAGGAGUAUCUACAGCUCUGACUGUCUAUAAGGAAGGGGAGAAUGAUCACUGCAAACAGAUCCGAGACCUGUACCUGCGUUCUCCAGAGUUUUGUACACAGGCAGGACAACGUUUCUCCACAUCUAUUAUCUAUGGUGCGGCUGGGGCUCUGCGACAACUUUAUGAACAGAGCUACUUAAAAUCAGCUCCUCCUGCUGAGUUUUUAGAUCAUGACCGGAUCCUUAAAGAGAUUCUGGAUGAUAUAUUUGCUCCUUUCAAAUGA